AUGACGUCCGACAUCUAUGACUCGGACGAUGCCAUGGGCCGGUCCCCGCCGCUCAAGGCGGCUCAGCCCAAGUACGGGCCAGACGAGCCUCCUCCUCCACCGUUCGUGACCGUCAAUGACGAGAAUCGCACUAAACCCGCCGUUAAAGAUCCCAAGGGAACGCUCGACCGUUCCCGUAAGCCGCACCUGCCGGAAACCCAGACCCAAACGCGUCACGGCGACUCGGUACUGAUGAGCUAUUUAGGGCCAGACUGUCCGGAGGUCGCGGCGCAUGCUCGUGAUCAUCCGUACUCGGACUGGUCGCCCAAGCAGGAUCGGUUGCCCGUGGAUUGGAAUGCACCCCCACCCCCGUCACGGAAAGACGAUGGACCCGGCGAGAAGGAAGGGAUUCAACUGGGCGGUUGGGAUAAAGUAGGAGGAGGAGGAGGUGCAGUUGGUGGCAGUGGAAAUGGAAUGGGAGUGCAAAAACCGCCAAUUCCAACGCCAGUACCAGCACCAGCACCAACCAUUAUAUCGAAACCGAUUGCUGGACCGGGUUCUACGGUAGACGAGGAGGCCAAGUUCAAGUCCGUGGUGGAGCAGGGAGUACCUCAAUUGCAAGUCGACGAGAAAGCAGACCGCCACACCUCAAUAUCACCGCAUAUGAAACCAUUGCCCCCGGUGCUACCCCCGCCUGCGCCGCCAUCUGAUUUCAAAAGUGAGUUUGUCUCACCACGACAGCGUCCACGCCUGCAGUCCAUCACGGAAUUCCCUCCCGUACGGCCCUCGCCGGACCUGCUCAAACGAUCUCCCGAGCUAGGUCAUCGCGUGUCUUUGCCAUCUCUGCAAUCUCUAUCUCCUCCAUCCUCAACGGCAGGCGCAUCUCCAGACUCGGCUGGUGGAAACCACAACACCAAAACCCUCCCCUCCAUCCAAUCCGCCCUCGGUGGCUUUUCACCCAGCGAGUUUCCUCCUACUCGACUCAAUGCGCUACCUCCGCCAUACCCUUACUCGUCCUGUCCGGGGUCUGCGACCUCGGCAGAUUCCCCGCAUGACCGUCAACUCCCACGCCAAUUCCUGCCAUCGCAUAUCCCUCCCAGUCCUUUCUCCUCCCAUCUCUCUCCUAUCAGCGUCAAGGAUCACUCCAACAAUCCAUCUCCCGCAUCACAACCUUCCUCUGCCUUCUGGCGCGGUCCUCCCCCACCCCCACCGCCUCCACCCCAGCCAGCGGCCGACACCCCGCACCAUGUACCGUCACCAUACGACACAUCCCCCAUGACGGCUAAAAGCCCCCUCUCGAGUUAUCCCACACCGACAGAACAGGUUGCUCCCACGCCAGGGUCCAGCGAACGAACGCCAUUAAGUGCCACCGCGCCGUUGAACGGCGCCGGAGCGACGGGCAGCUAUAAAUGCACCCAUCCCGGGUGUACCGCAACGCCAUUCCAGACUCAGUAUUUGCUCAAGUAA